UCACUAGGAGACUGGGCCGCGACAGUGACCGCGGAAGGCGAGAAGCCCUCCCCCUAAAGAACUACAACUCCCACCGUGCUCCGCGCGCUAGCGCCGCGGCAGCCUUAGUAGGCGGGAGGGGCAAAAUGGCUGCGGCUCAUCCGAGGACGAGGAGUCGUGGCUGAGCUUAUUUCAUCUUGCAAAACUGAAGACAAAUUCCUGGCUAACAAUGCCUGGCAAAAUUACUUUGCAACUGGUUGUCGUAUCAGUCGGUCAUUAAUCUUCAUGUGCAGCAUUAUUUGAUACUGAUUUCUGAAUCAUGGGACGGACGGGAGUAUGCUGUUGCUGUGCUGCUUUGCGCCCUCGUUACAAACGUCUGGUGGAUAACAUAUUCCCCGAAGACCCCAAAGAUGGUCUUGUUAAAGCUGAUAUGGAGAAGCUGACUUUCUAUGCAGUUUCUGCACCAGAGAAGCUGGAUCGAAUUGGAGCUUACCUAGCAGAGAGACUGAGCAGAGAUGUUGUGAGACAUCGCUAUGGGUAUGUUUUAAUUGCCAUGGAGGCACUGGACCAACUUUUAAUGGCUUGCCAUUCUCAAAGCAUUAAACCAUUCGUGGAAAGUUUCCUUCAGAUGGUGGCCAAGCUGCUAGAGUCAGGGGAACCAAAGCUGCAAGUUCUUGGAACCAAUUCUUUUGUCAAAUUUGCCAACAUUGAGGAAGACACCCCUUCAUAUCACAGACGCUAUGACUUUUUUGUUUCUCGAUUUAGUGCCAUGUGUCAUUCCUGUGACAGUGAUCCAGAAACACAAACUGAGAUCCGGAUUGCUGGAAUCAGAGGCAUUCAGGGAGUAGUACGUAAAACAGUUAAUGAUGAGCUCAGAGCAACCAUCUGGGAACCUCAGCAUAUGGACAAGAUAGUUCCCUCACUGCUGUUUAAUAUGCAGAAGAUAGAAGACAUUGACAGUCGAACUGGCCCACCCUCAUCCCCUACAGGAGGAGAGAAAGAGGAGAACCCUGCUAUGCUGGCCGAGAAUUGUUUUCGAGAACUGUUGGGCCGAGCAACCUAUGGGAAUAUGAACAAUGCUGUCAAACCAGUUUUUGCACAUUUAGAUCAUCACAGACUCUGGGACCCCAAUGAAUUUGCUGUCUCCUGCUUCAAAAUCAUCAUGUAUUCUAUACAGGCACAAUACUCCCAUCAUGUAAUACAGGAGACCCUUGGACACCUUGAUGCUCGCAAAAGGGAUUCGCCACGAGUCCGAGCAGGCAUUAUUCAGGUUCUUUUGGAAGCAGUUGCCAUUGCUGCUAAAGGAUCCAUAGGCCCAACAGUCUUGGAAGUGUUUAACACCCUACUGAAGCACCUGCGUCUCAGUGUUGAUUUUGAAUUAGGUGAGAGGCGUAGCUCAACUGGCAGUGCCAGUUUCAGCACAAGCUCCAAAGAAAGCGACGAGAGGAUUGUCCAGAAUGCCAUUAUUCAAACAAUUGGGUUUUUUGGGAGCAAUCUUCCAGAUUACCAGCGGUCAGAGAUUAUGAUGUUCGUUAUGGGGAAAGUACCUGUUUUUGGAACAUCCUCACAUUCGUUGGAUACAAGCCACCUUGGGGAUUUGGGAACUAGGCGGAUUCAGAUCAUGUUGCUGAGAUCUUUACUUAUGGUGACUUCAGGAUAUAAUGCAAAGACUAUUGCUGCUGCUCUUCCUGCCCCAUUUCUUGAUCCUUUAUUGUCUCCUUCACUCAUGGAAGACUCUGAACUAAGACAGCUGGUCUUGGAAAUAUUGCAUAAUCUUAUUGAUCGGCAUGACAACAGAGCAAAACUUAGAGGAAUAAGAAUAAUACCAGAUGUUUCUGAUCUAAAGAUAAAACGAGACAAAAUUUCAAGGCAAGACGUGAGCUUCAUGAAGAAGCAUGGCCAGCAGUUGUACAGGCACAUCUACUUAGGUUGUAAAGAAGAAGAUAAUGUCCAAAAGAAUUUUGAGCUGCUCUACACUUCUCUAGCUCUUAUAACAAUCGAACUAGCCAAUGAAGAAGUGGUUAUUGAUCUCAUUCGACUGGCCAUUGCUUUGCAGGACAUCGCCAUCAUUAAUGAGGAUAACUUGCCAAUGUUCAAUCGCUGUGGUGUCAUGGCAUUGGUUGCAGCCUACCUCAACUUUCUAAGUCAGAUGAUUGCAGUCCCUGCCUUUUGCCAGCAUGUCAGCAAGGUCAUUGAAACACGAACUGUGGAAGCACCCUAUUUUCUACCAGAAAACAUCUUCAAAGACAAGCGCAUUCUUCCCAAAUCUUUGGAGAAGCAUGAAAAAAACUUGUUUUUCCUGACAAACAAGAUUGCAGAAUCAUUAGGUGGCAGUGGAUACAGUGUGGAAAGAUUGUCCGUGCCAUAUGUGCCCCAGGUAACAGAUGAAGAUAGACUAUCCAGAAGGAAGAGCAUUGUGGACACUGUAUCUAUUCAGGUGGAUAUUCUGCCUGGCAACAACACAGAGGAUAAGGUCAAUAAUACUGAAGAAAUCACUUUUGAAGCUUUGAAGAAAGCAAUUGAUAAUACUGGACUUGAAGAGCAGGAGAAAGAAAAGAGGCGUCUUGUGAUUGAAAAGUUCCAAAAAGCACCUUUUGAAGAAAUUGCAGCACAAUGUGAAACAAAAGCAAACUUUCUUCAUGAUAGACUUGCACAGAUAUUGGAGCUCACCAUUCGUCCUCCUCCUAGCCCCUCGGGAACAAUGACCAUUACUGCUGGACAUGCUCAUUACCAAUCCGUUCCAGUCUAUGAGAUGAAGUUUCCAGAUCUUUUUUGACAGUGCAAUCACAGCUGUUAGUGGAUGACGAAACAACCUCUUACCUACUGCAUUCCGUUGUGAUUGUUACUGCUGCAACGUAUCAUCCUGAUCAGACCAGAGUCAACAACAUUAGUAGAACUCGUUGUCACCUUAGUUUUUAGUUUUCACUUUUUGUUUUUUAAGGUAAGAUAUUAGAUUUUGACCUAUAUAAACAGAGUGUAUUUUUUUUAAUUAGAUGUAAGCUAGGGACGCAAUGUAGAACAAUCAUCAUCCACACUGAUGUGAUUUUUUAAAGUAACACUGUGCACAUUUGUACAAAAAAGAAAUAGAAUUAAAGAGUCUAAAGAAUAAGAAAUAAAGAAUGUACUUUCAUUUGCACUCUUGUAAUACACAGACUGUGGUGUAAAUACAGAAUUUUCUCAGAUUUACUAAACUCUGUUGCAUGUAUAUUGCAUGAGAAAAAUUAUAUUCAACAUUUCAUGUACCAUUCAUUUGAAGUCUAUUGAUGAAGAUUUUUUUUUCAUUUAAUCACAAGAUAGGCUCCCACAUGUCCUAAAUUCAGACUAGUCUUGUUCAGGAUUUGCAGAUGUUAAGGAACUAAAGAUCUGUAAUCUUUUGGGACUUUGCCUGAUGUAUAAUUUCUUCCCUGCUGAAAAUGCAGAGAGUCUGCAAGUUGAGUACUGUAGCCAAUUUGGACAGAUGAGAAUUGAGGAUUUGUGGAAGUCUGCUGCAUAAUAUGUUGUACUCAUAGUUUAAUGUAAGUAAUAAAUUGUAGGUAUUUUGAAAUCAAAUUGUUCAGAAUGCUGUUUUAAUGUAUACAGUUGUUUUGAAUCCUUUAUUUCUUUCUGGUCUUGAAAAGAGUUGCAGAACUUAGCAUACAAAGUGUGCAAACUGGGCUUGUCGUGUCUGUGACAGUUUGAAUACUGUUUGAAUGUUUAUCACUGCAUGUCCAGUUGACAUUUGUAUGUAUUCCAGCUUCUGCUUUAAAUUCUUUUAAAUGUAAUGUCACUUUGAGUAAUUAUGGUUUUUGAUAGCAGUUCAUUUUAAGGUAAAUUAAAAUUAUGUUAAUUCAGAAGAAACAAAAUUAGCCUGUUCAGAGAAGGGCUAAUAUGUCUGUUUUAUUGAUGCCCAUACAUUCUUUACUGUUGGUGUUGAACCAGUUUCAUGAAAUGUAAGAAUACACUGUGCAAUGUACAUUUCAGCAAUAAAAUAAACCAAAAAGUUAAAAUA